GCCUGCUCCUGGCAUCUACGCUCCGCUGCGAGACGCCUCUGGCGCGCAUGAGCGCGAUCGCGGCGGAUGGCCGAACUCCCUACCAAGGCACGGUGAUCAGGCACAACGCCUUUGGCGCGCUUGUGGACAUCGGCUGCGAAUCUCCAGGCAUGGUCCUCUUAGGAAACGAGCUCGUCCAAGCGUCGCCAGAGCACACUGGCCCCGGCGCGGCA